ACUUCUCAUAGAUAUCUACUUCUUCACGCAUGAUACUCAUACCGGUUCAAAAUCCAUCUUGAACACGGUUCAACAAGAAAAAACAACUAGAAACCAACAAAAUGUCAAAAUGUCAUUUUGAAAAUGAAUUGCCAAGGUGGAAAACAAUAAACCUUGAAUUUUGACUUUUACCCUUUUCGUAUUUAUGGUUUUAAUUAUCCCCGCGAUUUACAUAAAAAACUGAUUUUCAUCAUUACUUGGAUUAUAGUUCCUGUUGACUCCAUACACUAUUUGGCAUAAAUUCCAUUUAGUAGCAAAAAUGGUUCAGGUUGAAGUUUUUAACACCAAAAACAAGAAAUUGGGAGAUAUUAACAUAACCAGCAACACAAAGGUGAGAGAAAUCAAGACUAAUGUAGCUAAAGUAGCUAAGCUCUCAGUAGAUCGCCAGUCUAUAAGGUCUGAACUGAAAGGAAAAGAUAUGAAAGAUGAUUUGACCAUUCCAAAUUUAGAAUCAACCAGGAAAGUGUAUGUGAAAGAUCUAGGACCACAGAUUGGGUGGAACACAGUGUUUCUUCUGGAAUAUGCUGGCCCAUUGGUUAUCUAUGGUCUAGUGUCCUCCCAGCCAUGGAUCUUAUAUGGAAGCAGUACCAAAGAUACUUCUUUAUCAGUAACAGCAAAAAUUGCCCUGGGCUGUUGGUCACUGCACUAUAUCAAGAGAAUACUAGAAACUCUAUUUGUCCAUCGCUUCUCUCAUGGUACAAUGCCAAUCAGAAACCUAUUCAAGAACUGUGGAUAUUAUUGGGGAUUCUGUCUCUAUGUUGCUUAUCAUGUCAACCACCCUCUAUUCACUGCCCCUUCAGCAAUGAUGCAAAUAAUGGGAGUGUCAUUAUUCACAAUUUGUGAAAUUGGAAAUCUAAGCACACACAUUCUACUUAGAAAUCUCCGUCCACCUGGUAGCACAGUGAGGAGAAUCCCAAGACCAAAUGGUUUUCCUUUGACAAAGCUAUUUGAUUUGGUGUCUUGUCCAAAUUAUACAUAUGAAGUUGGUGCUUGGAUUGGAUUUUCCCUCCUCACUUCAUGUAUACCAGCUGCAUUAUUCACUUUUGCUGGAUUCUAUCAAAUGGCUGUAUGGGCUCUUGGGAAACACAGAAACUACAAGAAGGAAUUCCCAGAUUACCCUAAGCAAAGAAAAGCUAUUAUUCCAUUCAUCCUAUAAUUAUUCAUUAUCAUUUAUUUGUUACUGAGUUUGUGGUGUUAGAGUUUGUUUUAAUACAUUUCUUAUUUUUUAUGUUCUUACUGUUGGUGUUCAAUAAAACUUUUUUCCUGAA